AUGGCCCUGCGCACUGGGACGGCUUGGUUUGGGCAAGUCCUGCGUAGAGUUUCCCGGCUGCAGGGCACCUGGUCCAGGCGCUCCAGUAGCCUCCUGUGCCUGUCUUCCUCCCAGGAGCCCGAGCAGGGAGGCGGGGAGCAGCCGCCCCGGAGCCUUGGGAGCAGCCGCCGCCCCCUGCAGCUCCCCCCGGCCAGCUGCUGCUGCUGCACCCUGUCGGAUCCCCGGACGGCCAGGGGGGGACAUGGUCCCCUCACUCGCCCCUUGCUGGCGGCCAUGAAGAGGCAGAACGUGCGGACCCUGUCCCUGAUCAUCUGCACGUUCACCUACCUGCUGGUCGGGGCCGCCGUCUUUGAUGCCCUGGAGUCCGACAACGAGAUGCGGGAGGAGGAGAAGCUCAAAGCCGAGGAGAUCCGGCUCAAAGGGAAGUACAACAUCACCAGCGAGGACUACCGGCAGCUGGAGCUGGUCAUCAUGCAGUCCGAGCCCCACCGGGCCGGGGUCCAGUGGAAAUUCGCGGGCUCCUUCUACUUUGCCAUCACAGUCAUCACGACUAUCGGUUAUGGACAUGCCGCCCCAGGGACGGAUGCCGGGAAAGCCUUUUGUAUGUUCUACGCUGUCCUGGGGAUCCCACUGACGCUGGUCAUGUUCCAGAGCCUGGGCGAGCGCAUGAACACCUUUGUCAAGUACCUCCUGAAACGGAUCAAAAAGUGCUGCGGGAUGAGGAGCACUGAUGUCUCCAUGGAAAACAUGGUCACUGUGGGUUUCUUCUCCUGCAUGGGAACCCUCUGCAUUGGAGCAGCAGCCUUUUCCCAAUAUGAGGAGUGGAGCUUUUUCCAUGCUUACUAUUACUGCUUUAUAACAUUGACUACGAUAGGCUUUGGCGACUAUGUGGCCCUGCAGACCAAAGGGGCCCUCCAAAAGAAGCCACUCUACGUGGCUUUUAGCUUUAUGUACAUUCUAGUGGGGUUGACAGUCAUUGGGGCAUUUCUAAAUCUGGUUGUUCUCAGGUUCUUAACCAUGAACAGUGAGGACGAGAGACGGGAUGCCGAGGAGCGGGCAUCCCUGGCAGGGAACCGCAACAGCAUGAUUAUUCACAUUCAAGAGGACGCCCAGCAUGUUCGGCCACGGUACAAGGCCGAAGUAACAGACCUUCAGUCAGUUUGUUCCUGCAUGUGUUACAGGUCCCAUGAGUACACCAGCCGGAUGGUGUCUCACCAAAAUUCGUUCAGCUCCAAGCUGAAUCCUCAGUACUUUCACUCCAUCUCUUACAAGAUAGAAGAGAUCUCACCAAGCACAUUAAAAAACAGCCUUUUCCCAUCUCCUGUUAGCUCCAUCUCACCUGGGUUGCACAGCUUUACAGAUAACCACAGGCUGAUGAAAAGGCGAAAGUCCAUUUAA